GAGCCUCGCCGAUGAGUACAUGAGGAAGUGAACUGACGGUGUAAAGGUUCACUGUCAACACCGCUGAAGGAAAUAUCAACCAUGUCUGCUGUGUUUUACCUCUUUCUUCUCUCUAUGUGCCUCCUCAUCGGCGCCGCUGGAGCAGAGCUGGUCCCGCCCCAGAACGUCGCCAUGGUCACUUUGAACACCAACUACACUCUGAAGUGGGACUGGGACCAGAGCGCUGCCGAGGGGCACGACGCCACCUUCACCACACAAUACGUGGGGAGGUACAAGCUGGAGAUGAAGAAUCACGCCAAGAGCUGGAUCCCAGUGUGUCAGAAUAAGCCACACAUGUCAUGUGACCUCACCGUGUUGGACAUGGAGUACCUGGGCGAGUACAUGAUCCGCGUACGAGCCAACGUGAACAGGAAUCACUCCGACUGGGUGAUGAUACCAUUCGGCCCUGAUAAAGAUGCUGCUCUGGGUCCUCCAACCAAAGUGGACCUCGCCACCUCAGGAAGUGGCCUGGACGUUUACAUCACGGACCCUCUGACCAGCACUAACAGCUCCAUGAGGGACCAUAUUCAAGCUUUGUCCUUCCACAUCCUCUACUGGGAACGCACUGAAGACAAACAGGCUUUAAGAACCGUCUUGUUGCCCACCAAUACCAACGUGGUGACGCUGCCAGACUUGAAGGCGUGGACGUGGUACUGCGUGAGCGUCCAGUCACGCUACGAAUUCUACAACAAGACCAGCAGCUUCACAUCGCCCCAAUGCUUGCAGACCGAAGGUCCUGUCCCGUGGUGGAUCAUCUUCUUGAGCUUCCUGGGCUCUCUGGUGAUGUUUUUCCUGCUCGUGCUGCUCUCGCUGUACGUCUUCAUUCGGUGCUUCAAGACCGUCAAGUCAACAUUUUUCCCCUCCGGCCAGCUGCCCAAACACUUCCAGGAGUAUUUCUGUGACUCUCCAGGUUCGGACGUCCCUCGUCUUCUCACCCCGGAUUCAGAAGGCGAGUUGCUGUGUCAUAAAGUGACCAUCUGUCCAGAGCCGGUGUUCCUGGAGAUCCAUGACCCCCCUCCCGAGGCCCUGCUGGAGCCUGAGUCCGGCCUGGAGCCAGAUAGCAGCGGCAGACACAGCCGUCAGGGCAGCAGCGGCAGCGGAGACUCCGGCGUUUACUCCACAGAGGGCGGCUCUGGCCAGCGGCACCCCAACAGCGCUCAGUCCUCCUCGGGAGCCGAAGACUCCUGGCAGGGCCCCAUCAAACCGGACCAGGUGAAGAUGCUGGACAUGGCUCCAGAUCUCAAGAGUCAACGUCCGAUCGGAGACGAGUUCAUCGUAGACGUGUGUGUCUGAAAGCAGAACGGAGGGGAAAAAAAAGACUUUAGAUUUUAGAAGCUGUAACAUGAGGUUUGUAGAAAAUGUGCAGCAUGCCUUUUUUUUUUUUCCUGCUGUCACUGUUAGGAGAGGAAGGAAUCAUCAUGUCUGCUAUAAAACUGAAUUACUAGUAUGGAGAAAAAAAGGACCAAAACUAAAACCAUCUACUGUGAUGCCACUCAGUGUCUCCAGGAAGCAGGAAGUUCUGUUAAUGCUGAUUUUAAAUGCGUGGUACAUUCCUGAACGUGACUGACAGGAUACGAUUUUAUCUGUGUGGCACUCUGAACUAAUCGUGGUUUUUAAAAGUCAAAUCAUUCCAUCGUUUUAAAAACCAAACUCACUCCAGAGCUCGACGUCGACACCACCGAUUGUUCUGUUAAAGCUCUGCUGUGGUUUCAGAGAGGAAAACAGGAGGAACACACACAGCAUGUCUCAACACUGUUAUAUAACUUACUUAACGACCUAUAACCUGGAGCGUCGAGCAGUUUUAGGGGCGCAGGUGAUCGUUCUGGUCGGGAAGGCUCCAGUGUAUUUGUUUAAAAUGUGCUCCCUGUUACAGGAUCUUGAUUUAAUACGAUCUGCUGAAAGGUGCCAAAAUUGAUCUUGUCUCAGAAUCUGCGGGAGAUUUAAAACGCCUAAAUAAAAUAAAACCAGUUCGAACAAUUAAAUAAAGUGGAAUGAAAUUCAAGUUACUAUUCAUAUGUAUUUCCUUUGUAUUUAUGCAUUUAUUGUGUCAUAAUUAAAUUAAAAGGAUUAUUAUUUACAAUUAUCAGAGGUGUGAGCUACUAAUACCAAAUACUAGUCAUUAGUUUAUUUUUAUUUUUUUUAAGAAAAUAAAGGAGAGUCACCCAUUAACGAGUAGUAUUCUAAAUAUACUGACACACUGAAGCAGAACUGGACCCUUCCCGACCCGAUAAGACCCAAUAUAACCUGGACCUGACCUAACUCCGGUCCUGUGUUGCCCUCCCCUGUAAAAACUGUUAAAACCGCAGGUCACAUGACCCGCUGAGACCCAUUUAGUGCCAAAAAAACGACCAUGACCAUGAGACAGUGACUAAAAUAUGAGACAUCAGGAUGUUUGUUUUUUCCAAUCAGACAGAGGAAGCAUUAAGUCCACCUGAUACAGGAUGGACCUGACUGGAUUCCUCGGUCAUUGUUUAAACUGGUUCGUGGCUGCCGGCCAAAAAACUGUGAGAGGCUUUGGUGUCAAACUUGUUGAGCGUUGUGUCUUUUGUUCUUUCGGAAACUAACACGCUUGGUCUUACCCGUUAAACUGAUACUGAUACAGUUACGGAUACUUUACUGUAGCUGUGUGGCAUGAGAACCUUAUAAUAGUUGGAGUAUGUGCUUUUAAGCUAUAGAUUUUUUUUCUUUUGAGUACAUUUUGUAGCUUUUCUUUCUAAAGCCCCACCUCAUAUUUCAUGUUCAAAGACUCACGUGGGCCUUUUGAAUACUUGUCUGGAGCAACACCUCCCACCACUGAGGUUUUAGAGAGUACAAACAUCUGAAAAUGACCUUUAUGUUAACAUAGAUGUCAUUAUGAAAAAGAAAAAAAAAAAAGACUCAAAGCGGAUAAUAUGAAAAACAGUAAGGAAAAAGAUUAAAUGUCAACAGGGUUAAAAAAACAAAAAACCAUUAGAAACUUAAAAUAAUCUUAAAUACUGCAAUAGGUAAUGUGUCUUGAGCUGUCGGGAGGCGUCUAAUGUCUAUAAAGUAAAAGUAGAAUUAGAGUCUCAUAAUGGACGAGCGUCAUUUUUAGCAUCAACUUUUUAAAAAAUUGGUACAUCCAUCCAUCCAUUUAUAAUCUGCCACUAAUCAAGAGUCCAUUCACAUUAAUUUAAUUGUUUUUGUCAGGAACAAAUGUUUUAUAUUGGAAAAUACUGAAAGAAAUAUGAUAUAAUUAUAGUAAAUUACCGUCCCCGCUGGUUUCCCAUCUUUCUCUCAUACUUCGGCUGAUAUGAUGGUGAAAGUUACGUUCUGUGUGGUCAUAAAAUGGCGUUGAAGAGUUUUAAAAAUCUCCCUCCAGUCGAAAAUAUGUUCUUCUUCAAUUGUACUCGUGUAACUACGAGCAGGAUUCGUUAUAUCACAACUAUCCUGCAGCCAAUCGUGGAAUAUUUACAAUUAAGGAGAAUUUCUUAUGAGCUAAUCAACUUUGUUUUCCAUGGAUGUAUUAUAAGUGCUGAUAGGGCAACGCUGCUCAGCCUAUCAGCAGAUUUCCCCCAGUGAUCACUCGUGGUAUUGCAGCUAAAAAAAUCCCCUUGCGGCCCCAAAAAUAAUUUUCCCCCAUAGACCAUCAUUGUAAAAGAGACUGAACUGCAAUAAAAUGUGAAUUAUGACUCUUUUUUAUUAUACAUUUUUGAUUCGUGGAGGUUUUUUAUAUUUGUAAAACUUUCCUCGAGCCUAAAAAAGCGAUUUAAAACCUUGAGGAACACUAUUGAGCAUGUGCAGUAAGCCGAAUAACUUAGAAGCUAGAAACUUGGCUUAUACUGGCUGAAUAAUUCUUACAGGAAUGAAUAGGCGCUAUUUUUGGUCCAGUGUCCAGCUCUUAUAAUAUAUCCAUGCUCUCGCUUUGAAGAGGAUCCUUAAAUUUAACUCCGAUAUCCUGCUGCUGUGUUAUAUUUUCAUGUUUGUAAGUCCUCCUCCGUGUCUGCACGGUGUCAAAGAACCAACAUAACCUGCUCCCUCCAUACUUGUGAACGCUUCUUCAUCCAAUCAUGAAAAUACUGUGUGUACAUAUAUAUACAAUAUACUGUUGUUGCUGUUUUUAGGCAGUGCUGGUCGUUGCCAGUCAAGUGUAAAACCUAGUCACAUACAUAUUUUUAAUAUGGUUAAUCAUUUUUGCUUAAAAAAAUAAAAAAUAAUAAUAAUAAUAAUGUGUUCGUUAGAAAAACUGUAAAUGGAGAAAUCUACUGACUGUUGGGUAAUAUUAUGAUAAUAAAGUAAUAGCUUGAUAGAUGUAACAUCACAUAGAAAACACAUCUCUGUCUAUCCAAUGGAAAAAACUUAUAAUGAUGUAAUAAUAAUAAUAAUAUACCUUCUGUGCAUAAAGUACCAGUAAAUUCGCCCUGCAGUUUUAAAAAAAAAACACCUAAAAAAAAUUAUAAUAAUGAUAAUGAAAAAAACCUGUCUACACAGCGCACAGUCUAAAAUAAACCCACAGACAUUACUUCAGCAGAGUUGGUGUAUGUCGGUAAUAUUACAGAGAAAUAUUAGUAACAAGGUAAUGAGUCAAAAAAACAAAAGGCAAUAAUAAAGAAACACAUCUACAGAUAAUAAAGAGGCUACUAACUAAAACUACAUUAAAGGACCAGUGUGUAGGAUUUAGUGACAUCUAGUGGUAAGCUGUGAAACUACAACGAAAAAUACAAAAGUCCCUCUCAAGAGUCAGUGUUAAGUUUUUCCGUUCUGGGCAACUGUAGAAACAAAUUAAAACAUAUUUUUUUAUGUUUUAAUUUGUUGUUUCUAAAGUUGCCCAGAAUGGCAACAUAAUAAAUCAUAUUUGAUAUAUGAUUAAAAACAAAUUAAAAACAUACUUAAUGUAAUAUUAUAUUACAUUUCUGCCAAUUCUGCAUUCUGAUAGAUGCCACUAAACUCAACAGACUGCACCUUUAAUUAUAUUAAAUGUAAUGUGAAGGUAGCCUUUUUAGUUUCUGUGUAAUAAUCAUUCAUUAAAGCUUGAAAAUACAAAAUGUAUUGUUUAUACUUUAAUUUCAUGUUAAUAUUGAUUAAACCAAACAACAAAUGAUGACCUGAACACUCUUCUAAUAAUAUCUAGAUAUACACAUUGUGAACGCCAAGCUAUUACCUGUUAUUACUGUACUAAUUACCAUGAUAUUACUUUAUUAUUACCCCUUUAUUAUCAGAAUAUUACCUGAUUAUUACUGAGCUGGAGUGUAAAGUGCUUCUGAAAUUCUUCAUGCAGCUUCUGUGUCAAAAAACACAAGAAAGGAAACAGUUAAAAAUAUGUUUAUCUGUCUUUUUUUAAUCAUUGUAAAACCAUCAAUAUGAAUUUGAAAUUUGAAUUUGAAAAGUUAAUGUUUUCUUUAUAGUUAUUGUGUGUGUUUCUGAAAGAAGGUUUUAUUUUAUUGACCUUGUUAUUCUUCCAUUUAUGAUUCUUAUAGAAUCUUGAUACAUGAUAUUAGUUUUUGUUUUAUUUUGACUUAUUUUAAUUUGUAUCAAAGAUGUUUUCUUCAUGUUUUUGUUGGAGUUUAUUUGUCUAUAUUGUGUAUGGAUUAUUUUACUGUCUUGUCUAUUGUCUGUAUGCAUCAUUAUAUUCAUCAGAAUCUGAAGCUUUAAGCCUUUUUGUGUGUGUGUGUGUGUGUGUGUGUGUGUGUCUGUGUGUGUGUGUGUGUGUGUGUGUGUGUGUGUGUGUGUGUGUGUGUGUGUGUGUGUGUGUGUGUGUGUGUGUGUGUGUGUGUGUGUGUGUGUGUGUGUGUGUGUGUGUGUGUGUGUGUGUGUGUAUUUCUGCUCUGUGUAUUUUAUUAAAUGACUUUCAUCUGCUUUAUAACAACAAAUACAAAACGCCUUUUUCCUGAAUCUGCAACGAGUGUCGAGGCAACGACUGUGGCACAAAUGUACACAUUUUUUUAAAAAGAAUAAAUGACGCUGAUCUGGACGUGAAAUAAGAUGGAGGGAAAAAAUCCAAGUGAAUAAAAAUGAAUUGAAAGCAUAAAAAGCCCAGUUUUCAGAAACCUGACAGCUGCUGCCUCGAUGUCCUGCCCGUCACUGUUUGUGGAAGUUGUAAAUAUUGUGAAGCUCUCUCUGUGUGUAACCAAUUCAUCAUGUGCAGCAGCAGCAGCAGUCGUGUUAAUGGACAAUCAUUCAAAUUAAAUAAAGAAAUAAUAACCCGA